CACUUCUCCUCCACUCCUAGGGAUGACAACAAAAUCAGAAGCCGACCGAUUUCGAUUCGACUCAAUUCGAUAGGUUCAAUUAAGUGGAUUUCUACAAGCCCUCGCUGCCUCUCUGCUUCAACUUUCACUUUACAUCUUCGUUGGUUCCUUCUUUGACGAGCUCCGUUUCUGGAAAAAUAGUAAUGAAGAGACAUAAAGAUGAUGACAUGAUCAUGGGGCCUAUGUUCCCUAGGCUUCAUGUUAAUGAUACAGAGAAAGGAGGGCCAAGAGCUCCUCCAAGGAAUAAGAUGGCCCUUUAUGAGCAGCUUAGUAUUCCUUCUCAGAGGUUUAACCCUGGAGUCUUGCUUCAUAACCCUAACAAUUCAAGCAGCUGGGUUCCUACUGGUUCAAACCAGGGGGGUGGUCUUGAAAAGAAUAUGGUUGUCCCAUCUCGUGCAUCUCCUUUGACAUCCACUAAUCUGGCUGAGAAAUUUAGUAAUCGCCAGCUUGGGGGAGUAAGUGUAAAUACUCCUUCGACCCACAUCGAACAGAGGAAGGAGGUCAGGGAUGAUGAUAAUUUCACGGUUCCUGUGUUUGUUGAGUCUAAGACAGAUCAACAGUAUGAUAAAACUAAGAAUGGCUUUGAUAGGGAAAAAAUCACUCCCUUGACUACAACUUCUGGCCAUCAAAUAAAACCCCGAAAUAUUGGUGAUAAGGAUCCAAGUCGGAGCAGCUCUUCUGGUGUCAAUUUAAGAAAUGAUGUUAGAAACCAGAAUGAAAAGAGCUUAAAAGUGUGCUCAAAGAGGGAGCCAUCGGUAAAACUAAAAACUGCUGCGGCUUUAUCAACUAGAGAAAAGAUAGAUGGAGAUGUUGAAGAAGCCAAUGUCUCUUUUGAUGAAGAUUGUGGAGAUCGUCCUGCAAUUAUCAGAUUGCAUGAAAAUGAUGCUUGUUCAGUGCAAGAGUUCAGAGCUGGCAGAGAACCAACUGAUAACAGAUGCAUUAAUGGUGCUGACCUGAUGAGAGGUAUUGGUGAGGAAAUUCUUCCCUGGCAGAGAAGCAUGACUUAUUCAGAGGGGAAUCAGAGUGUUCCUGACGCAACUGAUUAUGAUAGUCAGUGCCGUGGGGGCCAGGCAUUUGGCUCUCUACAGUGCAUGAAUGGAGAUAAAAGUGAUGAUGCCUCUGAGACCUCCAUGGUGGAUUCUGUUUCAGGCAUGGAUAUUUCUCCUGAUGAUGUGGUGGGGAUAAUAGGUCAAAAGUGUUUUUGGAAAGCGAGAAGAGAGAUUUCCAAUCAACAAAGAGUAUUUGCCUUGCAAGUGUUUGAGUUGCAUAGACUGAUUAAGGUUCAGAGACUUAUUGCUGGUUCACCGCAUUUCUUGCUUGAGGAUGCAACAUAUCUGAGUAAAACCUCUUUUGAAGGCUCUCCUGCAAAGAAGCUUCCAUCAGAGUUUAUUAUAAAGCCACUACCACACUCUAAACACAAAGAUGACUCUGAGAAGCCAAGCCAUAAAAUGGAGUGCUCAGCUGAAAAUGCGGUUGGUAGGACAUCCCUCUCUUCAGUGAAAAAUUGUAGGCAGCCUUCUAAUUGUGGGCCUUUCAUUGGAAAUCCACCACCUGCCCUUGUUAAUGGUGAUAACAAAAUCAAUCCUUGGUGUUUCCCUCAGUCUGGGCACCAGUGGCUGGUUCCUGUCAUGUCCCCUUCUGAAGGACUGAUAUACAAGCCCUAUCCUGGACCUGGAUUCAUGGGAUCUGCUUGUGGAGGAUGUGGACCUUUCGGACAAGCUCCAAUGGCGGCCAGCUUUAUGACCUCACCUUUUGGAGUUCCUGCUCCUCAUCAAGGAAUUGGGGUUCUACCAGGAGCUCCUCCAGUUGGUCACUCUUAUUUUCUUCAUAAUGGGAUGCCAAUCAUGAACCCAUCAGUCUCAGGCUCUGCUGUGGAAUUCAUGAACCAGUUUCCCGGUCCUGAUUCCCAUGCUCACAGUGGCCAGGUAUCUGGUGGUGGAGCCAACUCUAACCUGCAGCGUCAAAGUUCAUGUAAUUUGCCUAAGAACAAGGAUGGUGCUGUUUCUCGUGUCACAAAGUUCCAGACAUCUAAAGACACUGUGCUACAAGGGAGUACAGCAAGCGAUCCUGGUGAAAACGCACAAAGAGACGGGACCAAUAGAGCCGUCGAAGGACAAAAUGAACUUCCAUCAAGCAUUCCAGAGCGAGCCUCUCAGCUUCGUGAGGCAAACCAGACAACAAGAGCAAUAAAAGUUGUGCCUCAUAAUCCAAGAUCAGCCACAGAAUCAGCUGCUCGUAUUUUCCUAUCCAUACAGACAGAAAGAAAAAAACAUCAUGCAGGUUAGCUUGUUCAGGUAUUACUGGUAAAUGAUCGGAGACUUAUAUAGCUAGGUAAUUUUCAUGUACUGUUUGGUACAGUAAUGUAACCUUGUAUUAUUAAUUUUCUAUUUUAUGAGCCUGGUGUAGUCUACAUGUAAGAUUACAAGCCAAUGUAGGAUUUGUUUUGUACUCAUUUAAAUUUUGGGCAAAUGCGAAGACCCUUUCCUAAA